AUGUCUGACCCUGGAUCUGAUCCGAGACUCUGUAGGUUGUCUCGGGGCCCGAGACCUGACCCAUUUUAACCGAGCUGAUGUGUCGCCGAGCCAUUCAUUUAUCCAGUGCGUCUCUCUAUCGGCUUGGAGGACUUUGACGAUCUGAAGCGUGACUUGAUUGAGGGUUUUAACAAGGUCUUGGCUGUGAGUUUGAUAGGCAGCGUUCUAACGACCUUUUCGCCGUUCUGGGAUGACUCAAGGCAAGAUCGCCCGUCUCCCACCCGCAGAUCGAGAUAGGUCUCACGUCGAGCAAGCUAUAA